UGGGGGAAACACGAAAAGAUGGCUGACUUGACUGUGGACGUUCACACGUUUACCAUUUGGACCGUUAGGGAAAUACAUAUCUGAAGAAUUGGAUAUGAUUCUUGACGUCAGUCACAUCAAAAAUUCGUUUGUCGUGUACUCUUCUUGCGACAAAAAUAAACUUUGGAGCACCGCAAGAAGAUACAAUAUUGCUGCUCCAGAAUGCAUAAUAUAUGAUUAUGACACCUCCAUCAUAUCAGAAUCUGUGGAUAUAGUGCCCGAUUACGAAAAUUACCCAGUGCCUGUGUUAAACAUUCUCAUGGAAUAUGCGAAUAAUUUUUAUGGUAAAGUACGAUUUAAAUAUCUCAACAUGACGAUCCAAACACGAGUUCAAAUGAUCAUGAACAAGUUUUUGCAACACCGGACUGCUACCAGAACCCGCUGCUAUCUCCACCAUUGUCAGAUUGUACAGAUGCUGGUGACGACGUUGGUAACGCGCAGAUACUUACACAAACACCGUCCACCUCUGCUUUUCUUAUCCCAAAAAAGAACAAAAAGAUAACAAUAAAUGCUACAACAAGUGCUGAAUAUAUAUAUAUUUGAUAAGCUGUUUGCAGACACACCUGACGAAAGUCUAUUCUUCGAUGCAAAUGCUAGUCCACCAAAAGGUGUUGUUACGUCAGGAGUUUACCUUGUUGAUAACAGCAAAUUUACCUUGGAUCAAAUCUUAGCAGACGAUAAUGGAGCCUACAAAUAUAAAGGUUCUCCAUGCAGCUACGUUUACUAUAAUGGUAUUGAAUGUAAGAAGGCUCAUUUGAAAAAUGAAAGCUGAUUUAUAAAACGUAGAAUCGGAAGAAAAUAUGUCGAUGAAUGUGUAGACAAGCAAAAGAUUUUCGCAUUGAUUCGUGGUUAUCGUGUUCACAAUACACAAAAUGUUUGACUGGAGAUGAGCGAAGCUUCCUGAAAUCAUUAGGUUUGCGCUUCACUUAAUAAAUAUUGUAUCGCCAUCAUUGCCCGAAGAAUUGUCAAAGUACAUGCCGGAUGUAGUCUUCUUUGUUUUGUUGGAACUGCUCAUAUAUUGUUCUAUAGAACUUUUGAAAAAGUUGUCGAGAACGAGUUUAUAUUUAAUACAUGUCUUUCCUUUCU